UGGCAGUGGCACCGGCUGUAAACACUGAGCGACCGGAAGCCUUUCUGCGGGGCGUUUAAUCCCUGCAUGACCCCGCCUCAGGCGUAGCGAAAGCGUUAUUCGCCCCGAAGCGGCGGGCUGGCUUCCACUCCCCGCGCGACCCGGCUGCCCGGCUCGGGUUCGAGGCGAAGCCACACCAGGGCCGUCAUUUUUCUACAAUGACUUCUUUUUACCUUUCGGAUAAAUUCCAAGGCUGACACCUCCUACAUUCGGCCGUUUCCACCAACGCAGCCACGUCUUUCCAGCAUCUCUUUUCAGAUUCCAUGAUAAGAAUAUCCUAGCUGCGAAAGAACACCUAAUUGGGAGCAAGACAGCCUGUCUUCUAGGCCUGUCAUUAAUUGGUGGGGAAACAUGAACCAGAAGAUAUUGAAAUUGGAGAACUUGCUACGAUUUCACACUGUCUUUAGGCAGCUGCACAGCCUAGGUCAAAGAAGAAUGUUAGCACAAUGGAAUCAUGUGUUUUCAUCUGCUUACCCGGUGUGGACAGCUCAGCUCUGCAUCCGGCCCUGGCAAACAGACCGGCUCAUUGGGGCGGCUUUAUCUCAAUAUAGGCUUCUAGUAACCAAGAAGGAAGAAAGAUCACAGAAAUCUCAGUUAUUUUCAACAAAAUCCAAAAAGGAGGUGGAGGUAUGGAUUGGAAUGACUAUUGAGGAACUGGCCAGAGCAAUGAAAAAAGACGUAGAUCAUGUAUAUGGAGCUUUAAUGAACACUGCUGUUGACAUAGAUUCACUAGAAGCACACUCACAUUUAGAUGAAGUCUGGAUCAAAGAAGUGGUAAAGAAGGCGGGGAUGAAGUUAAAAUGGAGCAAAUUAAAACAGGACAAAGUCAGAGAAAAUAAAGAUGCUGUAAGAAGGCCUCAGGCAGAUCCAGCUUUAUUAACCCCAAGGUUCCCAGUUGUUACUAUAAUGGGCCAUGUUGAUCAUGGGAAAACGACGUUACUUGACAAACUGCGAAAAACUCAAGUGGCAGCAAUGGAAACUGGAGGCAUCACUCAGCACAUUGGUGCCUUUCUUGUCUCUCUGCCUUCUGGGGAAAAGAUAACCUUUCUUGAUACUCCAGGCCAUGCUGCUUUCUCAGCAAUGAGAGCCAGAGGUGCUCAGGUCACUGACAUUGUUGUAUUGGUUGUAGCUGCAGAUGACGGAGUGAUGAAACAAACUGUAGAAUCUAUUCAGCAUGCCAAAGAUGCUCAAGUUCCUGUCGUCCUUGCCAUAAACAAAUGUGACAAAGCUGAGGCUGAUCCUGAAAAAGUGAAAAAAGAACUGCUAGCUUAUGAUGUGGUCUGUGAGGAUUAUGGAGGCGACGUCCAAGCAGUGCACAUCUCUGCACUCACGGGUGAUAAUCUGAUGGCUUUGGCAGAGGCAACGAUUGCUUUGGCAGAAAUGUUAGAAUUGAAAGCAGACCCCACUGGUCCAGUAGAAGGAACAGUAAUAGAAUCUUUCACAGACAAAGGAAGAGGUCCUGUUACUACAGCUAUAAUUCAAAGAGGAACUUUGAGGAAAGGCUCAAUUCUGGUUGCUGGAAAGAGUUGGGCAAAAGUACGCUUAAUGUUUGAUGAGAAUGGAAAAACAAUCCAUGAGGCCUGUCCCAGCAUGCCAGUGGGAAUUGUAGGCUGGAGAGACCUCCCUUCUGCAGGAGAUGAAAUUCUUGAAGUAGAAUCUGAGCCAAGGGCACGCGCAGUUGUUGACUGGAGGAAGUAUGAGCGAGAACAGGAGAAAAAUAAAGAGGAUCUGAAAAUAAUAGAAGAAAAGCGAAAGGAACACCAAGAAGCACAUCAGAAAGCCCGUGAGAAGUAUGGCAAUAUGCACUGGAAGGAGAGAUCAUUUCUAAAGUACCAAGAAAAAAAAGAACAAAAACACUUAAAGUCAAAAGAGAAAGAAGAAGGGGAUUCACACAUACUUCCUAUAAUUAUUAAAGGUGAUGUUGAUGGUUCCGUCGAGGCUAUUGUGAACAUUAUGGAUACCUAUGACGCUUCACAUGAGUGUAAACUUGAAUUAGUACAUUUUGGUGUGGGUGAUGUCAGUGAAAAUGAUGUUAACCUUGCUGAAACAUUUUGUGGUGUUAUAUAUGGCUUCAAUGUGAAUGCAGGCAAUGUUAUCCAGAAGUCUGCUGCAAAAAAGGGAGUAAAAAUUAAACUUCACAAAAUCAUUUACCAUCUGAUUGAGGAUUUGCAGGAGGAAUUGAGCAGCAGAUUGCCCUGCACUGUGCAAGAGUACCCAAUAGGUGAGGCUUCUAUACUAGCUACCUUCUCUGUAACAGAAGGGAAGAAAAAAGUUCCUGUGGCUGGCUGCAGAGUCCAAAAGGGACAGUUAGAAAAACAAAAAAAAUUUAAAUUAAUCCGUAAUGGAGAUGUUAUUUGGAAGGGUUCAUUAACCUCAUUGAAACACCAUAAAGAUGACGUUUCAGUCAUCAAAACUGGAAUGGAUUGUGGCCUCAGUUUAAGUGAAGAAAAGAUAGAAUUUAAAGUGGGAGAUGAAAUUGUUUGUUAUGAAGAAAAAGAAGUUCCAGCCAAGACUUCUUGGGAUCCAGGAUUUUAAAAUUAUAUUAAAAAUGUAAACAAUUAAUGGGGUGCCUGAUAAGAGCAUGCAACUCUUGAUCUCAAGAGUUCAAACCACACGCUGGGCAGAGAUUUAAAAAAUAAAUUAAAAACUAUAA